UUCACUUUGUAACUGUGUGUAACUGUGUGUUUAAGUUAAAUCUCAAGAUGACAACAAUCUAAAUGUCGUAUUUUGCUGGCUUAAUUUUCACAACAGUUCAUGUAGCCUUUACAAACAUUAUCUCAAUGAGCCAAACUCGCUUAAUUCUUACCAAUAAACACAACCUGCUGUCCUUGCAUAAAAAAAGUGCAAAAACUAAAUCCCAACUAAACGUAUGGUCCGCCAUGAAAUCGGAGUUUAACACUUUAUUUAUGAAUGCGUUUGAAACACCUACAAAAACAAUCAUACUAGACCAAAAACACAGACUAUCACACGCACACAGCUACGGUUGAAAAACCGUGUGGCUUCCCAGCUCCUAAUGCCCUCGCGCCGCUUACCUGUGAUUUCCUCUUUCUAACCUCGGUGAGUGCGGUAAUUGGCACACAUACACACAGGUGCGCAGGUGACGUAGUGUCCGACGACAUUCACACGCACACAUACACACACGCAGCACAAGUCUAAAUUGGCUACAACAGUGUUUGUUUUGCUGUUUAUCUUUGUCAAAAGACAAAUUAUGCGAUUUGCCAUGAAGUCUCGGAGAGGACCACAUGUUCCCCUUGGCCACAAUGCUCCUAAGGAGCUGAGACAAGAAAUUGAAGCCAAACUGUGCCAGGUCCAAAAAAUCCACUUUGAGCCUCGUCUGCUCUCCCCAGAUGAUGACCGGCUAAAACACAAAGAACAGUCUGGUUCGCAUGACUACCUAUACAGGAUGAGAGCACUGGAUGCCAUCAGAGACACUGAUCUUCCUUUCCGUGAACUUGGUGGCACAUCCACCGCUGUGACGGGUAAAAGACUUCGGACCUGGCUUCUACAUCUACGAAACUCCCACUGUGUGUUCCGAGACAGUCUGAGCUCGCUCAUCGACAAAGUGCUGGAUGGGUACAACAAAGCACGUCACGGGGCUGAGGCUUUUGGGGAAGCAGAAUUUUUGAAAUACCAGGAAGCUCUAACUGAACUGGCGUCUGUCGUCAAGUCUCAAAGCAGCAGCAGCAGCAGCAGCACUCCGAGCCAGUACCACCAGUCUGCAGCCAAAGACCUGACCAGCACCACGGAGCUUGCAAGCUCCUCCUCCUCCCCCACCCAAACCACCUACCUCACAUCUUCAAUGCAGCAGCGUAGCAAGCGGCCCGGACACUUCCUGGAGCUGAAGAACUUCAAAGACAACUACAACACUCUGGACAGCUCCUUCUGAAAACUUGUGACGCCCAUCCAAAAGAAAGUUCAAAGACAAGUAGUGCUGCCAGUAAUUAAAGUGCCUACGGACAACGGGUCACUGUCGCCAGAUAGUUACGAGUGAAAUGAAAAACUGCCUUCAUGUAUUAACACAUAUUGCCUGGUUUACAGUAUAAUGCAUAUCAGACUCAGUGCUCUUUACCUAAGUGUAACUUAUGCAUAUAUCCUGUAUUAAUGCAUGUUUGAGUGCUAUAAUUAGGUAGAAAAGUGACUAUAAUAAGUAGGGUUGAUUUGACCAAAACAAAACCAGAGUCACGUGGCUAUGCAAUGACAUAAGACAAUCAUAUUUAUUGCACAGUGUAAAGUCCUAUGCAAACUUGUUAGAAUUAACCGACUGUAUUUAAACACGCUAAUAGUUAACAAAGUUUGUAGAGAAAACAAGUAUGGUGGAAAAACACACUGUUUAUGUCACUUAUGUUUACAUCUAUGUAUGUCUUUGUUUAAGCCUUAAAUGUUUGUCUUACAGAAGCCAUACUUGAUUUAAUGAAUUUUGACGAUUAAGUGCUUUUUUGAUUUAAUCGUCCUCUCAGUGCAAUGUAACAGUAACAGUAUUCCAGUGCAUUAAUGCAUUCUGAAUGUUGCAUCAGGGGAAGUCUCUUUCUGGACUUUUUUAGACAGGGACCUAGUAGUCAGGGUUCCCAGUAAAGCAUGUGAUGUCCAUGCUUGAAUCAUUUUAUUUUCUGUGGUGCUUAUUGUACAAGUAUCCAUCCAAAUAAAACUGUGACGUACUGUCAAAAUGUU